GUACUCAUAAACACUGAUAAACUAUUCGUUGUAUGAAACGGAUGAAUUCUUUGGCGCACCCUCGCCCUUCUCUCCCGGUGCGACUCCUGCAACGCUUGUCAACGCCACCCGCGUUGCGCCAUUUUGAAAGUGUAAUGUGGGGAGAGGCAGAGACGAGGGAAUUCUUAAAGUAGAGUGCGAAGUCCAAGCACCUGUGCAGAGUACUGCUGCUAACAUUUUGUUGGUGAGCAGGGGGGAUUUUGACCUUUUUGAAAAGAGCUGGGCCACGGGCGUGCGUGUGUUUUCUUCCUUUCGACCGCACUCUCCGCUCCAUUCCUCCACAUCUUCAUCGCCCAGAACCGAGCAGCCGAACAGGGUCAACACCGCUCUCCAAACCAGGGCCCGAACCCGCUUCGGAGAAACCCCUUUUUCUCAUUGAGUGCGCUCACAAUGGCAGGGGUCGGUGGUGAGAGCGGUGAUGUGCAGUGGUGCUUCUCCCAAGUCAAAGGAGCGAUAGAUGACGACAUCUCCGAAGCGGAUAUCAUAUCAACUGUUGAGUUCAACCACUCUGGGGAGCUGCUAGCAACUGGAGACAAAGGAGGUCGUGUUGUCAUCUUUCAACAGGAGCCAGAGAGUAAGAAUCAGCCGCAAUGCCGUGGAGAAUACAAUGUUUACAGCACAUUUCAAAGCCAUGAGCCGGAGUUUGACUACCUGAAGAGCCUUGAGAUUGAGGAGAAGAUCAACAAGAUUCGAUGGUUGCCCCAGAAUAAUGCUGCCAAUUUCCUUUUAUCCACAAACGAUAAAACCAUCAAGCUGUGGAAAAUUAGCGAACGAGACAAGAGACCUGAAGGUUACAAUUUGAAGGAAGAUGAUGGUCGAUACAGAGAUCCAAACACGGUUACAUCACUACGGGUGCCGGUACUCAUGCCCAUGGACCUGAUGGUAGAGGCCAGCCCCCGUAGAGUGUUUGCCAACGCUCAUACUUACCACAUCAACUCCAUCUCGGUCAACAGUGACUGUGAAACCUACCUGUCCGCAGAUGACCUUCGCAUCAACUUGUGGCACUUGGAGAUCAAUGAUCGCAGCUUUAAUAUUGUUGACAUUAAGCCAGCUAACAUGGAAGAAUUGACUGAGGUGAUCACAGCAGCAGAGUUUCAUCCGAACCAGUGCAACACGUUUGUGUACAGUAGCAGUAAAGGAACCAUACGACUGUGCGACAUGAGGGCAUCAGCACUGUGUGACAACUAUGCCAAAUUAUUUGAAGAGCCAGAGGAUCCAAACAAUCGUUCCUUUUUCUCCGAAAUCACUUCAUCCAUCUCCGAUGUGAAGUUCAGCCACAGCGGACGAUACAUGAUGACCCGCGACUACUUGUCUGUCAAAAUCUGGGACCUCAAUAUGGAGACUCGUCCAGUUGAGACUUACCAGGUGCAUGAAUAUCUCAGGAGCAAGCUGUGUUCACUUUAUGAGAACGAUUGCAUCUUCGACAAAUUUGAGUGCUGUUGGAAUGGAAAUGACAGCGUUGUCAUGACGGGAUCCUACAACAACUUCUUCAGGAUGUUUGACCGAGGUUACAGGCAGGAUGUGACUCUUGAGGCGUCCCGGGAGAACUGCAAACCUCAAUCCGUCCUUAAAACUUGCAAAGUAAGCUCGGGUGGGAAGCGCAAAAAGGAUGAGAUCAGUGUAGAUAGUCUGGACUUUAACAAGAAGAUCCUCCACACUGCCUGGCAUCCCAUGGACAAUAUCAUUGCUGUUGCCACCACCAAUAAUCUGUACAUAUUCCAGGACAAACUAGACUAGCAGUUCAUGAACCAUUUAAAAAAAAAACUAAAUUUGUCUUAUUGGUCAAUUCUUUCUAAGACCUUGAGCAGAUUUUUCAUGUUUAAUACAAAUAAAGAACAUACAGACUUUGUAGGUCUGGUUGCAGACUUUGGGAUUCAGAGGCUUAAGUUUCUCUCUGAUUGACACUCUUAUUCAUCCUGCUACUCCACUACAUCCCAGACCAAAGGGAAGAUGUGUUCCGAAACACAUAUUUUUGUAUGUAUUUUUUGGUGCCAUUGUGGCAUUUUUUUCUUUGUUGUAGCUACGGAUUUGUUUAUGCAUUUUGUAGCUAUCGUGUGUUAGUUUUAACAGGAAAUAUUUUAAAUUUUUAAGACAUCUUGUUUGCACUGGCAUGAAGCACUGCUAAUCCAAGUAGUUACCACUCCUUAUUUGCCCCCAAGUCUUUGUCAAGCUGCCAAAUUCGCACACCACGCAUAAUGAAUCUUUAUGUGCUUAUAGGGCCAUUUGAGGAUUUAACUGCUAAGCUUAUUCUCCAAAUGUGUUCCGUAAACAUUACUGCCAACCCUUUUUAUGCUGCAUACCAAUAUAUACUUGCUUAAAUCAUUACCCUGUAGGUUGCCAGAGGUUUACAUAGAUUUCUAUCUGUAAGGAAGCUGCAGACAAAACAACUUCUAUCACAUGCUAAAAUAACAGUUACGGUAGUUGGUUAUGCAUUUGCAUGCAGAAAAUACAUUGUUUGCUUUUAAAUUAUUCCAUUUGGUAGUUUGUUUCAUAAAACAAAAAGUGCGUGUUUUAUGUAAAACAUUUCCCGCUCAGCUGCUUGCCAAAAUUAGACAUUUAAUAGUGCAUAUAAAAAUAUGAAUCUUUAAAAAAAAAAAUGGUGAUAGUAUGAAUGCGAAUUAUUCAAUUGAUGAGGAAUGAUUUAAAAAAGCCUGUUGGCUUUGAUUAAAUAGCAUUUACAUGUCCAGCAGGGUUAUUGUGGAGUCAUGCCAAAGUAACCAAUACAAAACUCCUGUAAAUUAUAAUCCCUUAAAUUUGUGCCCUGCUCAGACAUCAGUGGACCACCAUGACUACUCAGGAAAAAAAAGUUUGGUAUUCUGAGCGUGAAAGGGCAUAAUGUGGCCUAAAUCUGUUCUGUGUUGUGAUGUCAAAAGUUGUGCGUCGCCACCGCCAACUUCCCUAUUAAAAAACUGUUGCAGACUGAUAGCUUUACCCUUUUGAUUUUUUUUUGAUUUUUUUUUUAAAGAUGUCUUGUACUGUAUCUCUAAAAGAGAUCAAUAACGACUGGCAGAUUUAUUUUUGUAUCAAUUAUGGCAAUAGUUAGUCUGAUUGCUGUGCAUGUCAUUUCUGAUGUGGGAUGUCCAAAGAAUAUUUUUAACAGUUAGCUGACUGUGACUUUCUUCUUCUUCUUUCUGCCUGUGAAAGCUUAGCCAAUUCUUGCCUAAAUGGGAAAAGGCAUUUUUACUCCCUUUUUAAUCUGACACUUAUUUUGUGUAAGAUGGUUUUAAUUUUUACAAAUGAUAUAAAGGGAGACUUUGUGAAGCACAAGGCACUUAAUAGAGGAUGUUGUAAGCUCAUGGAGAAACCACUUGCAUUCUAUUCUGGUUCCUCCGUCAAAAGUUGCCAGUCUUCUGGAGUAAACGGGUAGAUUAUAUGCUCCCCUCCUUUUCAUCCUGUUUUUAAGGUUACUUUCACAAUGCCUGUAAAUCCUACUGAAUGAUGUGGUGAUGACACUCUUAAGUAAUGGGUCAUGUUCGGCCAUCCUGAAAUACCAUAAAUGCUCUCAAAGUUUGACCUUGUUUCCCUCAGCACCUAGUUGCAACCAUAUCUGACCUUUUGCUGAUUUGUAUAAAGAGCAAUGGUGGUUUAAUGCCAGUUCUCCAGCUUGGUCUCAGACACAUUUCUAACAGACAAUAAUUGUCCAAAAAAAAAAUCACAAUUUUGAGGAGAAAGUUCACUGUCACUUCCAACUGACAAAAUCUGUACUUUAUUUACCGUAAAGAACCUUGUUAGGAAACAUUUACGGUCCUUUCUCCGGGUCUGGUGAGGAGGGUUUGUUUUUGCUGGUGCACUGGAUAUAUUGUAACCUAAACUUUCAAAAGAUCCCCAUUUGCCUUUUUUUUUUUAAGAAUUAGACCUUACGUGUGCAUUUCUUGAACUUUCUAAUGUGCCAGACAGGAGAUUCUCAGGGGAAUUAACUGCUGCUGUGUGUUCUUCAAGAAAGCAGCCGGUCAAUACUACAUUCAAAAUUGCCUUAAUUGAAAGCCUAUAUAAUUUAAUUUUGCGUUAUUUUUAUGACUGUUUUAUCCGCCUGUGCUUAUCUACAAGACUGAAAUCAGUAACAUGAUCAGUGGAGUUUUUAUUCUUACAGUAGCAUCUUAAGCUGUAUCUCACAUUGGUUAAAAUGCACUUUUGUUUUUUUAUUUGUAUGUUUUUUUUUUCUUUAAAGGGGUUUCUUGAAUAAAGAUGGCCGGAGAGUUGGUAGUCUGGGGCCAGGGGAUUUACAGUAAUGUAUUUGUCAUUUAACUUAAGUUUAGGUGUAAAUAAAGAUUUCCAAAACUUGA